AGUGCAGUGCAAAGGUAAAAGUUACUGUACCAGUGCAAGUAGUUCAGGUGAAAAGAACAGAUCUAUGAAGAUGGAAGAGAUGAAUAUUGCAGAAAUUAAAAGGAAUGAAUGUGGCAAUAUCCCAGAUAGGUUCUACGGGAAAUUGAGAUACAUACAUUAAUGCAAGUACAGUAAAUUCUUCAUCUGAAGAAUUAUUUGCAUCUAAAAUUAUAUGUUGCGCCAUGUUAUUUCCUGCACUAUGGCGUUCUUUUCCAUCCUAUCUGGCAUGUCUGAACCUAUGAACUUUUGCUGUACUCGCCAGUUCCAAUUCCGAAGCAGUGCAGUUCUAGUGCAGCACUAGUUCAAUUGAAAAGAACAAACCUAAUAAUACAGAUACUGUUAUCAAUAUUAACAAUAAGAAAAUCAAUAAACAAAUGGAUACAUCAAGUUCGGAAGACGAAAUAUCCACGAAUGCUCUUAAGGAAGCAGUUGAUCAACAAUUUUUAAGUGACAAUCUUUAUAACACAGAAAAACCCCAAUUAAUAUCUCUCUCUAAAGAACAGGGAAUCAAUAAAUCAAAGUCCUUGAGAACAAACUUGAAACAGGAGGACCAGUUUGCAAAUUUUAAUGUGACUACUACAUUCCAGAAUUUUGUCGCCAAGAAGCUAGAUGAAAUGUUAGAUAAAGUUAUUAUUUUAAAACAGCACAAGUCUACUGAUUGCGUAGAACAACAAAAGAGGAACAAAAAAUCAGGAAUAAAGCUUUUAAGUUCAUCGAAAAAUUUUCUAUGUAUCACAGAAGUGCAUACAGCUAAUGAAAAAAAAUCUAAGAAGCACAAAAGAUGCCAUGAACUUGUAGAAGACGAUGAUGCAAUAUCGAAAUUCCGGGAGGCUGCUGUCGAUCCAGAAUAUAUAUUAAGUAAAUUAGAUACAAAAGCUUGGACCAGUAAGCGACCGGAACCAGAAUUUAAAUAUAAGAAAUUAAAAAAUGGCACUCUAAUUGAACAACCAUAGGAUAUAUUUUCUACACUUACAAUUAUUUUGCAUAUGUAAAUUAAUAUAAUAUAUUUAUGUGUAUAUA